GGGGUGUGCCAGGGUCCUGAGACCUUAUAGAGGUAAGGGGUCUGGGAGACUAUUUUGCAUCAGCUCUCAAUUCUGUCUCAUCCCGAUCCUUCAUCCUUCAAGAGUUUGCUUCCCUGGUGCUUUUGCUUCUCUCCUUCCCUCUUCCUGGCGGUCUUUUCUCAUCGAACAGAAAUGAGAGUGGCUGCCCUGACCCUCGUGGCUUUCCUGCUGUGUUUCUCUCAGGUCGCGGGCCGCUGCCCUUUCCCAUGCCGCUGCGCACCGCGUCCCCGUCGCUGCCCUCCGGGCGUCAGCUCGGUUUUCGACGACUGUGGCUGCUGCCAAGUGUGCGCCCGCCAGCUCAACGAGGACUGCGAUAAGCUGUCGCCCUGCGAUCCUCAUAAAGGCCUGGAGUGCAAUUUUGGGGCCGACCCCUUAGCGAAUCGGGGCAUCUGUUGGGCAAAGCAAGAAGGUCGGACCUGCGAAUACAACGGCCGAAUCUACCAAAAUGGAGAAAACUUCCAGCCUAGCUGCAAACAUCAAUGCACUUGCAUUGAUGGAGCGGUGGGUUGCCAGCCUCUUUGCCCAUUGGAACUACCUCUGGCUUCACUAGGCUGUCCCAGUCCCCGGCUCCUUAAAGUAUCUGGUCAAUGCUGCAAGAAAUUUGUGUGCAGCAAAGGACCCAAGAAGUACAAAGGUGUCACCUUUGAGCACAACUCAAAUGGAGAGGCCAGUAGCAAUGAAAUCAUCUAUGUGGGCAAAGGUGGACACUGGAAAAACCUGCCAGCAUGGAGACCAUCCUUCAAGGAUCAGAAUACCAAGCAAGAACGCAAAUGCUUGGCCCAGACCACGCACUGGUCGCCAUGCUCUAAAAGUUGUGGUUUUGGCAUCUCUACCCGCAUCAACAGCAAUAAUCCCCAAUGCAAGCUGAUCAAAGAAACCCGAUUGUGUCAGGUCAGGCCCUGUGAGCAGCCUGAUUUUUCAAAGCUAAAGAAAGGCAAGAAAUGUCUGAGGACGCACAAAGUGCAAGAGCCGGUGAGAUUAAGUCAUGCCGGUUGCAAGAGCCCACGUCGUUACCAGCCAAGUUACUGUGGGGCCUGCCUGGAUGGCCGCUGCUGUGUACCCCUGCGCACUCGUACGCUAAAUGUACCCUUCCAUUGUCCUGAUGGGAGCACUUUUACCAAGAAGGUCAUGAUGAUCCAUACUUGCCAAUGUGGGGCAGCUCACUGCCCGCUGCUGAGUGAAGCUGCCAUGGGCCCCCAGUAUCAGCUGAAUGGGGACAUUCACAAAUUCCUGGAAUGAUGGGGCAUGCCGACCUCUCUGCUGGUGCCUCUGACGGAGUUCCCAAAUUACUUUGUUUGGGUCAUCCAGGUCCCUUGCUUGAUCCAUGAAGCUAAGACAUGCUGUAGUUGCUCUGCUUCCCUGAAUGCAAAUCCGGAAGACAAAAUGGCAUUUGGAAAUGGCCUAACCCUUCGGUAUUUGGAAAAUGCAUUGAGCUAUGUUGGAAGUAUGGCUAUUCAGUGACUGGGAACAGAUCAAAUGGCACAGAUAUCAGUCUGUCUAUUCAGUCCAGCCAGGCUCAGGCUGGAACUGAGUCUCAUGCUACUACAGUAGUAGAAGAUCAAAGACUUCUGAUUUUUUAAAAAAAAUUUCACGGCCCUCGUGCUGGAAAGGUUAAGGAAGCACAGCAUUAUGUACUAUCGGUAGCUGGUAGGGGUGAGUGGGCUGGGGUUCAGGUUGCUAAAUCCCAAAUUGGGCAGUUUUGACAGUGUCAGGAUCCCAGAAUUUAGGAAAAAAUAGUACAUUUUAAGUUAGAUAAGAAUCAGCUAUGGUGGAAUAAGCUGCCUUUGAAAAGAGCCAUAAUUCUGAUGAGUUCAGGAUCUGGCAGUAAAACCUUAAAGUAACCAGAUGAAUAAGGAAUGAAAAGGAGAUGUGAAACAAAACUCAGAUAACAAAGUAUGUGUUCCCCCCCGCCCCGCCCCCGGGCUCCUGUGAUUUUUCUGACCAACUGGCCAGAAAGGGAUGCUGGUUGGGUCUUCCUCUCCCUUAUCUCACCAUUGUUUACUUCUGCUCUUUGUUUUGCUUCCUCCUCGUCCUUCAGUUUGAAACCGCCUUGCUAGUUUGCGCAUCUUUACAUCCAAAGGCUGCCUUCCCGACUGCCCACAGUGCCCCCUAAUGGCAAGAUUUUUUUCAGGAAGGAGCCACCUGCAAUGACCCAGCAUUAAGGGAAAUCAUGGCUCAUCCAUGGUCUACUUUCAAUCUUCUCUAGUAUGCAGUCUGUUAGGCUACCAGAGCAGGGACACGGUGGCUCAGUGGCUAAGAUGCUGAGCUGGUUGAUCAAAAGGUUGGCAGUUCAGCAGUGCGAAUCCCUUGUCCCAGCUUCUGCAACCUAGCAGUUUGAAAGCACGUAAAAAAUGCAAGUAGAAAAAUAGGGGCCACCUUUGGUGGGAAGGUAAAGCGUUCCAUAUGCCUUUGGCGUUUAGUCAUGCCGGCCACAUGACCACGGAGACAUCUUCAGACAGCGCUGGCUCUUCGGCUUUGAAACGGAGAUGAGCACCGCCCCCUAGAGUCGGGAACAACUAGGACCGUGAUGGCGAACCUAUGGCACGCAUGCCAGAAGUGGCACGCAGCGCUCUCUUUGAUGGCACGCAAGCCGUCACCCCAGUUCAGCUCUCCUGCACUCCCGCUGGCUAGCUGGUCUUUGGGUCUCUGCGGAGCAUGCAAGGGGAAGCGCAAGCAUGCGUGGGGUGGAGUGCAUGUGCAGGGACCGCACGCACAUUGCAUUUUGGGGGUUCAGGCGCGUGCACUUUGGGCACUCAGUCUGGACAAGGUUAGCCAUCACUGAACUAGGACAUAUGUGCGAGGGGAACCUUUACCUUUUAGGCUACCAGACUGUUGCUGCCAGUCUAGAUUUUAAGCUUCACAUUCAUGAAUCUCAAACAGAGGAAAAACAAAAUUAUUUUAUGGGCAUGUUUUAAAAUGAGUUAAAGUAGAGUUGAAAGAGGAUCUGCAGCCAUUUUAAUCUCUGCUUUAAAAAGUUUGUACAAAGAUGAUAGUUGCACAAAGAAUUUAUGUGUUGGGCUGCAGCAGCAGAGAAUUAUAAAAAGCAGUGUUUGAAAUACUGUCCAUUCUCCAAUCAAUGAUUAAGCCGAAAAGCACCCUUUACAAAAGCACUUUUUAAAAAACAAACAUCCUUUUCCCAUUCUGUUCCUGGUGAACAGCAAAAGUAAGGCUGAACAAAAAUUCAGGGCACAGUAUUAGAAGGGACUUGAGACAUUUUGGGGCAGUUAGGAAAACCUAUAUUUAUACGUGCAGCAAAGUACUCUGCUCUGAAGAUUAUUUUAUAGAUUUUUUUUAUUUUGUUUGUUUUGCAUAAAGAAAAGCUUCAACAAUAGAUUGGAGUGAUGGCUAUUUAGCUUCAUAAUGAAGCCUUCUGUGCAUUUCCUUCUGUAUGCAAAGCUUUUAUUCCUAUUUAAUCUUAAGGUUGCUACAGUGAUAGUUCAAAGUUUCUCAUUUUAGUCUGGGUUUUAUGACCCUUCCUGCUUGAUAGAAGGCUCUGUAGCAGAAAAACAGGAUACUGCCCUUUCAAAAUGAUAUUCAAAAUGGACUUGAUGUAAUGCUUCCAAAACAAUCUUUGCCAGAGAUAAACAAUGGAAUGGAUAUAUCUUAUGGACUUUGAUUUGUCUUGAUCACUUGUAGGCAUCUGAUGUCCUCUAAAUCUAUUCUGCAUAAUUAACAUCAACAUGAGUCAAAAUGAAUGGUGGGGCAAGGGAUUGUGGAACCACCAAUGGUUCCCAAUCUGUAGAGGACAAAGGUCCUCCAGGAUGGGCUGUAAAGUAUGCACAUGAACAUACACACACAGUUCAAAUCUAGCGAGAUUAUAAAACCUUGUGAAAGGGAGCGAGCUAUUGCUGACAACCACAUAAGAUUCUGACAUUACUUUGGGUUUUUUAUUUUAAGAUUAAAACUAAUUUUUAUUUGGUUUAGGAAUCCCAUGUACUGUGUGUGUUGGGAGCAGGGGUCACGUACCAUGGUGAGUGCAGGCACCACAUGGCUGAUCUGUGGCUUAUGUGGCAGGCCUAAAAAAGAACCUUUCCAUUGUUGGGCUUCAAAUUAAGGAAAAAAUGAGAGUCACUUGGAAGGCACCAGCAUGUUUUUGAUUCUUGGAACCAUCAACUCUGAAUCUGCGACUCUCUCAAAAUGACUUUAGAGAUGGUUAUAGUACAAGUAGCUGACUAUUUUUGGGCUGUGGGGAUUGAGCAUUGCUAUGCUACUUGCAUUGGGAUUGUACUUUGGACUUUUUCCCCAAAUCUGUAAGGGGACAGGCAGGACCUGGUCUUAUUUGGAAUGCUUCUGCUAUUUUAAAAUAUAUUUUA